AUGGAACUUCCACACAUCAAACAUGUUCCUAAGCACAAGACUUUCACAUUAUUGUUUUUGUUGUUCAUACUUGCAAAUUGUGGUGUCUCUUUUCCUUCUGAACCUCAAGGUAAAAGACAAUGGAACAUGACUUCAAAUGUUGAAGAAGUAGCAGGAAAAUCAUAUGACUACAUCAUAGUUGGAGGAGGAACAAGUGGGUGUCCAUUAGCUGCAACAUUAUCACAUAAUUUUUCUGUGCUACUCAUAGAAAGAGGUGGUUCACCAUAUGGAAAUCCCUUGGUGAUUGACAGAAGAUACUAUGGUUUUCCAUUGCUUCAAAAGGACAACCACCAUAUGACAGUAGCACAACGAUUCACCUCCCAAGAUGGUGUUAGCAAUGUAAGAGGAAGAGUUCUCGGUGGAUCAUCAGCUAUAAACGGUGGAUUUUAUAGUCGAGCGAGUGAUGAGUUUGUCGAUAAAGUUGGUUGGGAUAAGAUGUUAGUUAAAGAAGCUUACGAAUGGGUUGAAUCGAAAGUUGUUUUUCCUCCAUAUUUCCUCACACCAUGGCAAUCUGUUGCUGAGUUUAGUCUUCUUGAAACAGGAAUUUUACCUUAUAAUGGUUAUAGUUUGGAACAUCUCAAAGGAACUAAGAUUUCUGGGAGUGUGUUUGAUGGAUUUGGACAGAGACACACCUCGGCUGAUCUUCUCGAGGCAGGAAAUCCGCAGAAUCUCACUGUUCUUGUGAAUGCCACAGUUAAGAGUGUCAUAUUUCAUCAUAAUGGUGACAAGAGUGAAACUAGUGCCAAGGGAAUCAAAUUCAUCAAGAGUAAUGGAAGCUUAGAUGAAACCUAUGAAGCCUACAUCAAGAAACCAAAAAACUCAACUUCAAGAGGUGAUGUGAUAUUAUCAGCAGGUGCAUUAGGUAGCCCUCAAAUUUUGCUGCUAAGUGGCAUAGGACCAAAAGAACAAUUGAAAAGCUUCAACAUUCCAUUAGUUCAUGAAAUGAAAGAGGUUGGUCAAGGAAUGCAAGACAAUCCUUGCAUAGCAAUCUUGGUUGAUUCCAAGCCAGAAAACAGGCUUCCCGAUCCGCCACAAAUUGCAGGCAUAACAGAAGACUUCAAAAUCAUAAUCGAAGCGUCAAUCCUUCCCUUAAGCAUCAAUGAAUCAAGGGUUAACAUUGCUGCAAAGAUAGCUAUGCCAUUUUCAAAAGGAUAUCUUGAACUAAACAACACUGAUCCAAACCUUAACCCUUCUGUGAAAUUCAACUAUCUCGAAAAUGAAAACGAUAUGCAAGAAUGUGUUAAGAUGACGAAACUACUAAAUCGAAUUGCGAGGUCGAAGUCUAUCGCGUUUUUCCUUGGUGAGUCAGGGCAAAACAAGUUGGCAUCUACUGAGAUUGAUUUGAGAAAGUUUUGCAAGAAGAAUGUGAGAACUAUUUAUCACUAUCAUGGUGGCUGCAGUGUUGGGUCGGUUGUUGAUAAGAACUACAAAGUUUAUGGUAUAAAGGGAUUAAGGGUAUUGGAUGGCUCAACUUUUUCUGAGUCACCAGGUACAAAUCCUAUGGCUACACUCUUGAUGCUAGGAAGGUAUCAAGGACUCAAGAUUUUACAAGAAAGGGAAGCAUAUUCUUGUUAG